UCUGUCCUUCACUGAAGAGCCAGGCAGGGGCUUCACCUACAGAGGCCACUCAGAUCCUACCCUCCUCUUUCAGGUCCUGGGAGCUCUCACGAGCAGGAUACAGCUCUGGGGUAGAAGUGAGGCUGAUCAGAACCCAGAAGUAAACCACUGGACUCUCUGCCCCAUCAUGUCCAGCUCCCUGCUGGCUGGAGGUCACGUGGUCAGCUUGACUCCCCAUGAGGAAUCCAGGAUGGCCAUGCAUCCAGCCCCCAGCCCUGGCCUCCCGGCACUGUGUCCUUACUACACCACAGAGAGCUGGGGAACCCAGCCUCUGAUGGCCCCCACACCCUGCAAAGGCACCUCCGGCCGGUUCCAGCAGGCCCAGCAAGCAGAAGCCAAAGCUCCCUGCCUCCUGCAGCAUCCUGGGGAGCAAGCUUCAGGGACCUCACAGGACCUCAACUCCUGCAUUGACAUCUCUCUGGAGACCCUGAACCAGAUGAUCCUAGAACUAGACCCCACCUUCCAGCUGCUCCCCUCUGGGACUGCUGGUCCCCAGGCUGAGCGUGCCAGCAGCAUCACCUCAAGGAGCAAGAAGGAGGAACCUGAAGCCUUAGAUAUAAAGUACAUCGAAGUGACCUCCACCAGAUCAAGGGGCCUCGAGGGUCCCCAACGCUGCUCCAGCCCAUGUGCCACUCCACCCUUCGGCUCCCCACGCAACGGCAGCCUCCUCUUCUCCAGAGACAUCCCCCGAGAGACCCGAAGCAGCAGCGAGAGCCUCAUCUUCUCUGGGAACCAGGGCAGGGGUCCCUCUCCCCACACCCCGUCUUCCCUUAGCAACUCCAGCCCCGGCAGCCGGGAAAGCAGGGCCUCAGGGUCUCCACUGGCGACUCCUCCAGGUUGGGAGAAAGGGCCGAGGGCCCCCCAGCGGGGCAGCAGGGUCUCGGUGCUGUCAGCCAGCCCCACGUCAGACGUCAGCUAUGUGUUUGGGAGCAGUCAGUCCCUCCUCCACUCCAGCCUCUCCAGUUAUCAGUCAUCUUCAAGAUCCUUGGGAAGUCCAGCCAGCUCCGCUUCCAGCCUCCACAGCCUGGACCGAGGGUCCCAGUGCAUGAAACCCAGUGAUGCCCAGGUUCCCAGCAACAACUCUAUACCAAACGUGGUCCAGUCUCAAGCAGCCCACUGUCCUCCAGUAGCCAGGGAGCAGGCCAGUAGCUGCCCCCCAUCUGUCACCAACUCCAUGGUGGACAUACCCAUUGUGCUAAUCAAUGGGUGCCCAGAACCACAGUCUCCCCCAGCCCAGCGGACACCAGGACACCAGGGCUCUGUCCCUCCUGGGGCUGCAUCUCCCAGUCACCCCUGUCAGGCCACCAAGAGCCACAACCAGACCCUACCAGAUGGUCCUCUCACUGCAUCUCCAGAGGGUCCUGCCAAGGACAUGCAGCCCACCAUGAAGUUCGUGAUGGACACAUCAAAAUACUGGUUUAAGCCGAGCAUCACUCGAGAGCAAGCAAUCGAUCUGCUGAGGAAGGAGAAGCCAGGGGCUUUCGUCAUCAGAGACAGUUCCUCUUACCGAGGCUCCUUCGGCCUUGCCCUGAAGGUACAGGAGGCGCCGGCAUCUGCCCCAAACCGACCAGGUGAGGACAGCGCUGACCUUAUACGUCACUUCCUGGUUGAGUCUUCAGCCAAAGGGGUACACCUGAAAGGAGCAGAUGAGGAGCCCUACUUUGGGAGCCUCUCGGCCUUCGUGUACCAGCACUCCAUCAUGGCCCUGGCCCUGCCCUGCAAACUCUCCAUCCCACAGAAAGAACUGGGAGGCGCAGAACCAGCCUUGGACUCCCCCACACAAGGCCAGACCUCUUGCCUGAAGAUAUCAGCUGGUUGCCACACGCUGUACCUGAACUCUGUGAGUGUGGAGACCCUGAGCGGAGCCCUGGCUGUGCAGAAGGCCAUCUCAAUCACCUUGGAGCAGGAGGUCCUCCCCACACCUACUUUGGUCGAUUUCAAAGUCACUGAACAGGGCAUCACUCUGACAGAUGUCCAGAGGAAGCUGUUUUUCCGACGCCACUAUCCACUCACCACCCUCCGCUUCUGUGGAAUGGACCCUGAGCAACGGAAGUGGCAAAAGUACCACAAGGCUUCCAGGAUCUUUGGGUUUGUGGCCAAGAGCCAGACAGAGCCGCAAGAGAACGUAUGCCACCUCUUCGCAGAGUACGACGCGGCCCAGCCAGCUUUCCAGGUCAUCAGCCUGGUGACUGCUCUACUUCAGGACACAGACAGGGUGUAGGAGAAGGGAGCUGCCUGUGUACCUUCCCUGACAUCUCAAGAGACUUGCCCUAGACAUGGAGCUAUGGCCACCUUGACAGACCUGACCGUUGGACCUGAGGAUCGAUCAAGUUGAAGCCUUAGAACCUGCUGUGACCCUCAGCAGUAACCUUCACCCAGGUCUUGGGCCUCCGUCUCUUCAGUUAUAAAAAGAGACCCAUCCACCAGACAGCUGUUCCUCAGAGACUCCGCUGGGAACCUUUCCUCGGCUCCUCCAUGCUGCUGAAGCCCACCCACAUCCAAGACUCCCUGUGUAGAACGCCUGCAAUGACCUCCUGGCUUUGUUAGCUUGAACAUUCCCUACGUGGCAGGUUGAGCCAGAGACCUGUGACCCCUGCCUCAUGGCAAACAGCAGGUGCUGGGUCAGAACCCGAAGGUUUCCUGGCUGGAAGCUGGUAAUGAUGUGUGCAGUUUGGGGACAGAUUCAAUUUCCCUCACACCUGUUUCUUUCCUCUAUUUGCUGAGAGCCGCCUGCCCAGGAUUUUUGUUUUCAUUAGGGACUGGGAAUGUAACUCAGUUGAUAGAGUGUUUGCCUGACAUGGUCGAGGGCUAGUCUGGAUCACCAACACCGCAAACCUGGCACAGCAGUGAACCCUUGAUCAGAAGUUCAGGGUCAUUCUUAGCUACGUAAUGAGUUUGGCCAGUCUAGCUACAUGAAACUCUAUUGAGAAAAAGAAGUGGACACACACACACACACACACACACACACACACACACACACAGGAGGGGGGGCGAGUUUCAGUAGUUUACAAAUCUCACCCGAUGAGCAUCAAAGCUUUCACUGCAGAGACCAACCCGGGCCUGGGGGUACCACUCCAAGAAGAGCUGCUGUGGGAAAAGCAGGCGAUUGCAACCCAAAAUCUAUGAUGAAGAGACAGGGUCAACGGUCUCAGCCAGAGCAGACCUGGCAGCCACAAUGCAUGUACCCUAUAAUGCAACCCACGUUAGCUUGCUCUGGGGGACCCAUCGAGCCUGAGUACAGAAUGGGGGUGAAUUUUCCUACCCCUUGCCUCUUCCACUCUGCAAUCAAGAUUCUGUCGGUGUGGCCCUCUCUAGUGAGGUAGUCAAGAUAUCUUCCCAUCUUGAGAUCUAGUUGCUGCGGUCUGAUCCACUCCUAGCCAUCUGGUGGAACUUUCUGGAUUCCUUUGAUUUUAGGUAUAAUUUACCGAGGUUUUGGGAUCUUUUUCCUAAGAGCAUAAUAAAAGAUCCCUAGUCUAUACAGUUACAAGCUUGUGCUCCUGUCUAGUUUUUCAGUUCUUCUGUAAUGUUGGCCUAGGAUUCUGAAGGCUCGCUUGGCUGUGACUGUGGGGCUAGCUUAAUAGAAGACCCUUGUCCCCGUGGUCAGAAAAGACUCGGCACUGCUCAUAUUCCUACUGUCUAGCCCCUCCUUCCCAAUACAUUGCAAAUGAAUACCACCACCACCCCUCUUUGCUUUCAGUUUCUUGAUAAGCAAGUGCCCCAGAGCAGGUAUCACGGCUGCCUGGCAUUGUAACCCACAUCUGAUGGAUGGGGAAGAGAGACCCUGUUACUAUAGUAGAGAUACAAGUGCAUCUCUCUGCUCCAGCCACACACACACACACACACACACACACACACACACACACACACACGCACACACACGAGGUCCCCUGCACAAUGUGGCAUCGCCAGCCUUACAACCACAAGGGGGCAGCAGAGAGUCAAGAAUGCAAAGAGGCGGCUUCCCCAGCUGCUUGGAGAAGUUGGGCCCUUUCCUUCCCACACCCAGCCAGUCAGGCAAAAGCUGUUGCUCUUCGUCCAGCCCACCUGCCUCCUUAGGAGACUAUUCCACGGCAUGCAAGGGGAAGCUCACAGAAGAAGCCCACUGCAACUCAAUGUGGAGCAAGUGUCUGUCCCUUCCUAUCAGCCCACAGAGCACCAUUGUCUUUGGCCAAGGUCAGAUCUGAGGGAUUAUGAUUUCCACUCAGGAAAAGCACAUCAGACUCGGGGUGGGGGGUGCUAGGCUAGAGGUACAGGCUAAGACCAGCCCUAGCAUUAGAUCAGGGUCCGAAGGAUAUUAGCAAAGUUUUCCCAGUUAGUGCCCAAUUCUGGGCUUACUAGGGGGAGUCCUCCACACAUACACACCACACCACCAUCACCACCACCACCACCCGUGUGCCUCAUGGAAAAUAAAGUUUCUUUGCAUGAUA